AGGGUUAUAUGGAAAAGUUAAGGCCGCCCUCUUCUAAUUGUCAUUGACUUCAAAGUAAACCUAUAUCUCUUCUUUUCCAAUCAAGAUUCUCUAUAUAUAAAAGAGAUUCAAGAAACAUAUAACUUCAGAAAAACAAAAACAAAGAAACAAAUGGAGACAUGGAGAAAAAUGAAAUCUUUUGGGCAUAAGAGCUCUUCAAUCACGGCUUCGAUCACCAAGAGCAAGUCAUGGAAUGGCUCUGCUCAUCUCGAGAAUGCUAAUAACAAGGAAUCAACUGGAAAUAUCAAGAAAAAAUCGCCGCCGCCGCCGCCGCCGCCACACGGGUGUUUCACAGUUUACGUGGGUCCCACGAAACAGAGAGUCGUGGUGAAAACGAAACUGUUGAACCAUCCUUUGUUCAAGAACUUGUUAGAAGAAGCAGAGGCUGAAUAUGGAUAUAGACGUGAUGGGCCUAUUGUUCUUCCUUGCGAGGUUGACUUCUUCUACAAGGUUUUGGCUAAUAUGAAGUUUAAUGGUGAUGAGUAUGAUGAAGAAGAAGAAGAUGAUGAUGGUAUGAUUAACCCUCCGAUUUGCGGUUUGGGUAGUCCCUAUAGAUGUGCUGGUCUCGAUUCCAUGGGAGUGAGACGUAGCGGCUCGUACAAGCUUCUUCGAUCUCCAUCUUUGUUCAAAUUAAAUAGGUUUUGAUUUUUUCUUUUUUUUGAAAAUGAUAUAGGUUUUGAUUUUUUUUUUUCCCUUUUCCAUAAUACUAGAUAUCUAAGAUCUUGUUCAUACCAUUACCUUAUGCAUAAAAGAAAAAAAUGUGAGGAAAAAAAAGAACCCUCACAUUUCCCUAAAUUAUAUUCCAUUUGUUUUUCUGAGAUUUUGAUGUCUGAUUUUGUAUCUUAAUAUA